AUGUUACUCCAUAUCUCUCUUCUUCUCAUUCUUCCAUCUGACACGCUCGCACUGGUUGAUUGUUUGGCUGGAUUUGUUGGAAGGAUGCAGGCUUCCGUUGAAGACCAGCCGUUGACUCUGAAUGAUACAGCGAUGUGUUCUGCCAUGUAUUGCAUCAAAGUGAUUAUUCAUUCGGCUAUUGAUGAUGAUGGAAUCUUCCAACAAGGAAUAUCAUCUCGGUGUGCCUACACUGGAGGAGAUCGUCAAGUCUGUCAGAAGAACGAUGGAAAAUGUCAGGAUAUCUCUUUUUAUGAUGGAAUGAAGGGAAACUUUUCCUUCUGUUGCUGCCAAGAAAACAAGUGUAACACUGCUACUGAAUCAGAACUGAAAACCAUUUACUCGAUGGGUUCCAGAACUUCUAGAAAAGUGAAUUCUGCUAAUUUUACUGUCAAUCUUUUCACUAUUAUCUCAUUAUAUAUUUUCUGUGUUAUUUUUGGAUUCUGUUAG